AUGGCAGCCAGCGAAAAGCGCCCCGAGAUCAUCGCACUCGCGCGCGAACUGAAAGACGUUCCGAUGUGCGAGGAAUACGAGCGCAUGGUCUCCGGCAUGAUGUACAAUCCCAACACGCCCAAACUACUCGAGGCACGGCACCGGUGUCGCGGGCUAACAGCCGACUACAACGGCCUGGACACGAAAACGGUGCCCUACGAUCAGAUUGCCGAGAAAAGGCUCGAGCUGCUCCGGCGCGUGGUCGGCAGAGUGGGCGACGGCACGUUUAUCGAGCCGCCGUUCAUGGCAGACUACGGAUGUAACAUCAUUAUCGGCAAAGGUUGUUUCAUUAAUUGGAAUCUCACUGUGCUGGACACCAGCCUCGUCGUCAUUGGUGACCGGGUCCAGAUAGGAACGAACGUCAGCAUCAUCACCGCCGGCCACGACACGAGUAUCCUGUCGCGGCGGAGGUAUGUGGAAUUCGGCCACCCGAUCUUCAUCGAGGAUGACUGCUGGAUUGGUGCGAAUGUCGUCAUUCUGCCUGGCGUGAGGAUCGGGCAGGGUUCGACGAUUGGCGCGGGCUCCAUCGUCACCAAGGAUAUUCCGCCCUUCUCUGUGGCAUUGGGGAGCCCGUGCCGGGUCAAACGGACGAUUCCAUCGGCGGAGGAGGAAGAGCAGGAUGAGACAAAUCCGUUUAGGAAUCUGUAG